UACUAAAACUCUCUUUCCCUCGCAAGCGCGCAAAAAGACCGCUCGACGGAGCUCCCUCACGACUACUUCGUGCUCCAACCAGCCACGGUUACACUGAAAUUUAAGUUUUUCGCACUGCUCUCUCUCUCUCUCUCGCACGCGCAGUGGUACAGAGCGUCUCUCAUCUCUGCGAUUCAGGGUGAAGAUAAUCUACCAUGGAACCAACUUCCGUUGCUCAAGCCAUGGAAUGGAGCAUUCAACUAGAAAUGGGUCUCCGAUCUACCAAACCUGGUGUUCCUGUGAAAGCCAUAUCAGAUAUGGAGCCUCGCCUUCAGCAAUGGAGUACAGAGCCUGAAUUUGGCAUUGCUCCCUAUGCCAUGUUUGGUCUUGUUCCAGGUGAAGAUAAGUUAUUUGCCAAUACCAUCCUCUUGCGCCUUGUUGAUGCCUUUAGAGGAGGUGACAUAGAGACAAAACUUUCAGUUGUUAGGGUUUUCUUGUCUGAACGGAAACACCGUGAUAAAGAGAAGAAAAAACAGUGUAAAGGAUUGCUGUCAGAGGCCAAAGUAGCUAAUCACUUGGAGUUGUUGAAGAGAGUGAAAUCUGUUUUUGAUAGUGGGGAAUUGAAGUCGAAGGCAUUGGCUUUGGUUCUGUUUGGUUGUUGGGCUGAUUUUGUGAAAGACAAUGCUCAGAUACGAUACUUGAUAUUUUCUAGCCUUGUUUCUCCUCAUGAUUGUGAGGUGAGAGCAUCUUUGUAUGCCACUGGGUGCAUUUGUGAGAUAUCAGAUGAUUUUGCAUCUAUUUCAGUGGAGAUGCUAUUCAAUAUAAUGAAUUCAUCUUCAGUGCCUUUGCCUAUAAAGUUGGAUGCAGCUCAAGUUUUGGCAAAAUGCAAAUCUUCUUAUUCAGUUGCUUAUAAAGCAUAUAAGACAGGUAUGGAGUUGGUACUAAAUUCCUCGGAUGAAGAAUUUUUGGUUGCCAUGUUAUUCUCACUCUCAAAAUUGGCUUGCAUUUUAAUUCCUUGUAUCUCUUAUCAAGUGGACUUUCUUCUUUCAUUUCUCAACCGAGACAGAACUUCACAUGUACAAGACACGACGUUAAAAUGCUUGCAUUUUUUAUUCCGAAGAGGAUUGUAUGAACACUCAGAUAAUUUAGGUCUAAUUCGGGGGUUAUUUUCCAUAAUGGAGGGACCUGAAAUUUCAUUGGCCAUGCAAUAUAAAGCUCUAAGGGUCUUGCACAAGGUUCUUCUUUCAAUUCCACCUUCUUCACUUCACAAGGAACUUCGUGAGUUUGUCAGGCUUCUAACUGUUGUUGAGAAUGCAAGUCAAUAUCCAGCCUCAAGGAAGAGGUGUUUGUCAAUUCGUAUUCUGGCAGAUUUGUGUUGUAGGACGAAGGAUAUAGCAGAUAUUGACGAAGUUUUUUGUUGUUCUUUGCCAUCGCGUGUUAUCUCCCUAAUCAAAGAUCAUAUCAAACUUUUGUUGAAGACAUUGUUGGAAGGUUGUCAAAAUGAUUUGACAAUUUUUCAAGAGCUCCAGGGUUUGCUAAAGAUUCUUCUAAAUAUUGUUGAAAGACACCCUAAUCUUGGUUCUUUGGUACUUGAUAGCUUAAAACAAGUGAUUGAAUAUCUUGUGACUGUUGCAUCUACUAAUUGUGCAGUACCAUCAACUCUUUUGACCAUAAAUUUUACAGAAGAGAAAAAAUCCUUUAUUUUAAAACUUUUCUGCAAGAUAUACAGAUUUCUGGUGGCCUUCCUUGAAAAUUUUUAUAUAGUUGGUGCUAUCAAUACCAAAGUGUUCAGUGAAGUGAAUAUUUUGGUUGGACUUGUGUGCCAGUGUAGUUUAAUUGAUUGCUAUACAUACACACUGUACCAUCUACUGUUGCACAGUCAACCUAUUUGUGAUGGCUUGGUCCAUGAGAUUGAUGAAACACACCUAGCUAGUUGUUGCACAAUGUUUGUAAACAAAGUCUUGACAGGAACAAAUGAUUGGACUGCUUAUAAGGUUGGUGCUCAUGCAGCGUGUCAGGGUGAAUGGUUGCUAGCUACUAAUAUAUUCAGGACGUUAAUAGAGAAAGUGAAGUCUGAUUCUUGCUGUAGCUGGUUAAAAGCAUUAUUCCAUUAUGCUCAUUCUGAAGGAAAAAUCCAACUUCUUAGUCAACCAAAACAGGGAACCACCUCAAUGGAGUUGAUGGAGACUAUCAAAUUUCCUAUAACAUCAUGUGAUUACAAGGGUGAUACAUGUCCAAGACUUGCUAGGAGUAUCAAUGAUUGUAAUUACUAUGAUCAGCUUACUCAGUCUCAUAUGGCAGUUUUCUCUUCCUUGAAAAUUUUAGAAGCGUCCGUGACAAGUUCUCAAGCAUUUUGUUUUCAGAGGUGGUUUUUAUCAUUAAGAGCUAGAGUGUUGGAAAAUUUAGUGGGUGUGCUUGGAGCUUUGAGGGAAGUUUCAUUGAAUGUAGCUCAGAAUUUCAAUCAGGUAGAGAUUGAGAGUAGUGAUAAGCUUCAAUGCCUGAAAUCUUAUCAAGAUAUUACUCAAGCUUCUUUACAAUUGUUCAGACUAGUAGAAGAAUUUGAUCUACUUAGAGCAUCUUUCAUUGGGAUGGACAGUGAAACUUCUGCAGUCCUUGCAGCUCAUGGUCUGAGUUGUUCAAUAUUAGCAUUUGCAACUGCUUUUGGAGUGUCUAACAUAGACCAACAUUCUCAGAGAAUUUUAAUUGGUGGCAAAACCUCUAAUUUACAGGCUUUGACAAUACAAAGUUUAAGGAGGCUAUUUUGGAGUGUGGAUCAUGAAACCCGAGCAAGUUUCUCUUUGCUGUUGAAUUAUUUUCACCCAAAUGAGAACUGUUUAUCCCCGCUGCCUAGUUACCAAAAUUGGAACAUUGGUUAUAAAGACAGAGAGGUGCUAAAUGUUUGUAGUUAUGCCAUCUCUGGUGCUGUCCGCUUGUUUGAGAAAAUUGCACCUCAGUUUACUGAGAACGCUUUAUCACUAACUUUCAAUACUUUGAUGAAAUGGAUGCACAUUCAUUUUCGGCUUCCCAGGUACUUCUUCAAAGUAAGGCCAUUCAUUGGGUCGAAGCUUUUUGUCCACAAUAAGGACUCUAGUAAUGGGGUUGAUAUAUCUGUUUCGCAAGGCUCCCACCUAACACUGAAUAUUUGUCUUCAAUUGAAGAAUGUGCCACCAAAACUCCUGGUUAAGUCAACUAAGUUGUACUGCAUCCUUCAUGUCCCAUGUGGACAAAGACAAGCCCCAGGGAACUCACACUCUGGAUAUGAAGCUUGGAAAGAUGAUGAAAUUGUUGAAAUGAACCAGAAGUUGUUUUGCCUUGUCUUGGAUAGUGCGGCAGGCAAGAGAAGAAUUGGCAUGCGUAGUAGGGGCCAUGGUAAUAGUAGGGCCGUGGAGACAUUUAUGGAUUUUAGACCUAAUGAGAAAGGGCAGGGGUUUUCACAUUGCUCACUUGAUGUGUCUAACUUUCCCGUAGGUUCUUAUAGAAUCAAAUGGCAUAGCUGUUUGGUCGAUAGUCAAGAUUCCUAUUGGAGCCUCCUUCCUUUCAACUCAGGUCCUGUAUUUUUUGUUAUAAAACCCAGGGUUGGCUAAUCUGGUAAGAAUUUCAUAAAGUUUAUCCAUUAAAAUAAAUAUUAUGCACAUCAAGUAUGCUCACUUGCUGGCCAACUGAUCCUCAAGGUUAGUCCAUUGUUUUUUUCUUCAAUUUUUCUGCUUCAAUUUAUGGAUACAAUUUGAUCAUGUUGCUGAUGAUAUAUUACAUAUCUUUUUAGCUGCUGUAGUGACAUAGAUGCUACCCAAUUUAUGGAUACUGUGAACUUGGGCUCUUCCCACUUUGAGACUGAUUUUUAAGCUAUUGCUCACUAUAAAAAAAAAAUUCUCUAUGAUUGGGUACUAUUUUUAGAACUAAAAUGUUCACCAUCUAUUUUGCAGCAACAUAUGAAGGUGUGUUCUUGAUUUAUGGAAAACAGAAGAAAUCUUUUCAGUUAUUAUAUAAUUUGGUUUGGCACUUGUGGCUGCUUAGAUGGCUUUCACUGAUUCUGCUCAUUGGAUGUAUCAAGGAUGACUCUCAUUUGGGGAGAAAGAACUAGAUUUUAUACAUAUAUGGGCCUUUGAAGGUGAUAAAUCAUUCAUGGAAAGCCGCCUGGAAUUGACAACACACGGCUUGCAAAUUUGAGAUGCACUUCAGUUGCAGCUAGAAAGUUCGGAGACGUCUUCAUGAAAAGCUAGAGGUAUAUUUGUUAUAUUUUAUAACUUGGCUAGUAUAUCAGUAUACCUCAUGCUCUCCAAAGUCCAAACCUUGCAGAAUCUGACUUGCAUAUAAGUAAUGGAUUCCUCGUAUUUCUUAGGGAUUGAGCUACAGAAAAGUUUCCUCAUCUGAAGCAAUUGCUUGGUCAUGCAUUGCAGCUGCUGGCAUCCGUGGAGUUCAGUCAUAUAGUUGAGUCUCCUGUUAUUCAAACUGAAAUUUCAACUGUUCCUUUGGGAUGGAAUAAUGGAGGAGUAAAAGAUGGAGAACCUCUGAAAGUUUAUAUUACUGGUUUUGGGUGGCAUCUAUGUACACAUGUCCAAGUGAAUGGUAACUGGUGUUGUCAUUAUGCCAUAAAACAUCAUUUAUUGGUUUAGUUCUUUUUUUUUUUUUGAAGAAAGAAGAAAUGGUUUGGUUUUCUUAAAAUGCACAGUCGUGAGUAUUUUACAUUCCCAAGAAUGUAAAACAUCAUUUAUUGUUGAAGGGUUGAUGGGAGUGCUAUGAGCUCACCAAAUAUGAAAAAAAUAUAAAAUAUUAAUGUUUUUUUUAACA